CGCCGCUGGUGCUCGUCAGCUCUCCCUCCAUUCCCUCCUCCUCCCUCCUUUUCUGUGUCUAGCCCCGCCUCCGCCAGGUUCCCCUCCCCGUGAGCCCGUCAAGAAAAAAAAAGAAUGUCCUGCGGUGUCACUGUUCCCUACUACUCCGAGCCGGCUGUGAAGAUUAGCAUCCUCCCUGAGGUUGACUCCAACCCGGCGGCCGCCACUUUUGUCCUCUUCAAUGAGGACCACACCCUCGGCAACUCCCUGCGUCACCUGCUGAUGCGCAACCCUCGUGUGGUGUAUUGCGGCUACAGCGCGCCCCACCCCACCGAGGAGAAGAUCCACCUUCGCAUCCAGACCGAGGAGGGAUACACCGCGGUUGAGGCCCUGCAGAAGAGCCUGGACGAUCUGGUGUCCGUUUGCGACCACAUGCUUGACACCUUCACCGAGAGUGUCACCGAGUUCGCCACCGCAAUCGAGGCUUCGGAGGGGACCGCCGACCAGAUGCAGGAGUAAGGCAUUCCCUCUCCGGAAGGCGGCAUGUCACCCUCCCUGCCCCGUGCGCUUCCGCUCUCCGCCCGUCUCCUUCCCUGUCCCCGCCUGGGAAGAGCACGCCACUGCCUGUCGGUGCAGGCCAAUAGAAAUCGAAACCCAGCA